AUGGGGCAGAACCAGUCCGCACCUGGCGGCGGCGGCGGCCAGGAGGGCAAGGACAAGCAGGAUAAGAAGAAGAAGUACGAGCCGCCCGCGCCACCGCCACGCGUGGGCAAGAAGCAGCGGCGGCGCGCCGCCGCCUCCAGCCUGGGCACCAAGCUGCCCACCAUCACUCCCACCGCCAAGUGCAAGCUGCGCCUGCUCAAGCUGGAGCGGGUCAAGGACUGGCUGCUGAUGGAGGAGGAGUUUGUGCAGAACCAGGAGCGCCUCAAGCCCGCAGACGAGCGCAACGAGGAGGAGCGCACAAAGGUGGACGACCUGCGGGGCACCCCGCUCAGCGUGGGCACCCUGGAGGAGAUGAUCGACGAAAACCAUGCCAUCGUCAGCUCAGCGGUGGGCCCCGAGUAUUACGUCACCAUCAUGAGCUUCGUGGACAAGACGCAGCUGGAACCAGGGUCCACCGUGCUGCUGCACAACAAGGGCAACCAGGUGGUGGGCAUUCUCACGGACGAGGCGGACCCUGCUGUGAGCGUGAUGAAGGUGGAGCAGGCGCCCAGUGAGUCGUAUGCCGACGUGGGCGGCCUAGACCAGCAGAUCCAGGAGAUCAAGGAGGCGGUGGAGCUGCCGCUGACGCACCCGGAGCUGUAUGAAGACAUCGGCAUCAAGCCGCCAAAGGGCGUCAUCCUGUACGGCGAGCCCGGCACCGGCAAGACGCUGCUGGCUAAGGCCGUCGCCAACUCCACCUCCGCCACAUUCCUGCGGGUGGUGGGCUCGGAGCUGAUUCAAAAGUACCUGGGGGACGGCCCCAAGCUGGUGCGCGAGCUGUUCCGCGUGGCAGACGAGCAGGCACCCUCCAUCGUGUUCAUAGACGAGAUUGACGCUGUGGGCACCAAGCGGUACGACGCGCACAGCGGCGGCGAGCGCGAGAUCCAGCGCACCAUGCUGGAGCUGCUCAACCAGCUGGACGGCUUUGAUGCCAUGACAGACGUCAAAGUCAUCAUGGCCACCAACCGCAUCGACAGCCUGGACCCCGCGCUCAUCCGCCCCGGCCGCAUCGACCGCAAGAUCGAGUUCCCGCUGCCCGACCAGAAGACCAAGCGCCGCAUCUUCCAGAUCCACACGGGGCGCAUGACGCUGGCGGACGACGUCAACAUCGAGGAGUUUGUGAUGGCCAAGGACGAGCUGAGCGGCGCCGACAUCAAGGCGAUGUGCACGGAGGCGGGGCUGCUGGCGCUGCGGGAGCGGCGCAUGUGCGUGAAGCAGGAGGACUUGAAGAAGGCCAAGGAGAAAGUGUUGUACAAGAAGAAGGAGGGGGUGCCAGAGGGGCUCUACAUGUGAUGUGGCACAUGUGAUGCGGGCGGCGAGGCUGCUGCGCCUGGCGGUGGAGGAGUGGGUUCGUUCUGCUUCGUGCCCGUCGUCCGGUUUAUUGGCCGCAUCGCACGCCCCUGCCCAUCCUUUGGGGCUUGUAACAUAGCAUGGCCGC